GCAGCCUCGUGUUGGCUGGACCCCUCAAGCUGGUCAGAGCGGUUCUGCAGCCUUCUCCUACCCCUUUCUACAUAUCCUUAGGGGUAAACCCAGCCUAAGGACUUCCAUUGAUACCUUACUGGCCAUCUCUGUCUUCCAGGGAUGUGGAAAAGAUGAGCUGAAGAAUUGCAAGAGAAACAAAGACAACUUUACAUUCCAAGAGGCGUGCCAGUGCAUGGCUAUUUUUAGUCCCUGGCAUCAGUCAGGACAUACUUGUUGGAUAUCAGGUGUGUUGAAUGUGGCACACGGUCACGGUGAUAUGCAGCAGGCUCUCAGCUGACCUCUCCCAACCUUGUAGGAAUACCCUUGCAUCUGUGAGACUCCAGUAAAUGCUUUUCAGAGUCCUGGACAGACAGGGAGGAUUCAUUAGAGAAUAGAUCAUGAUGACACAUCUCUUUAUUGAUUCCUUUCCAUUUCAAGAAGAGAAGCCAAGGUAUUUUUACUCAGAGGAGGAAUGAUGUAGUUUCAUCCUAACCUUCUUUUCUUAUACUUACAGGCAAGUGAAAUACAAUACUUACCUACAGUCUUGGAAAAUUGUCCCAAUUUGAAUUCUGACCUAAAGUUGGAACAGAAGCUGUACUUGGGCAUGGAUUAGCUGGCCGCAUGAGGGUCAGGUCCCCUCUUGUGGUCUGCUGCACGUCUGGGAGGCUAUGAUGGGAAUGAGUGUGAAAAGCUGGAGGUUUCACCUAACUCGUUGCUCCUGCCUGGAAGAUCAUCCUUUAGAAGUAGGAAAAGUGCUCCACGCGGUGGCUGACUUCAAGGGACCAGACACAUUGUAGAAAGAAAUGGAUGAAAGCAGCUUGGGGGCUCCAGACACAUGCUCCCUGCGGUCUAGUCCAGGGAAGCCCUUCUGAGGCGCCCUGGCAUUCUGGAAUGUCGCCAGGUCUGGACGCAUGGCCAAUUCCUGAGUGAUGAUGGUUCGCCGGGGGUUGCUUGCGUGGGUGUCUCGAGUAGUGCUUUUGCUGGUGCUGCUCUGCUGCGCCGUCUCCGUCCUCUACAUGCUGGCCUGCACUCCGAAGGGCGACGAGGAGCAGCUGGGGCUGCCCAGGGCUAACGGCCCCACGGGCAAGGAGGGGUACCAGGCCGCGCUGCAGGAGUGGGAGGAACAGCAUCGCAACUACAUCAGCAGUCUCAAGAGGCAGAUUGCGCAGCUCAAGGAGGAGCUGCAGGAGAGGAGCGAGCGGCUCAAGAACGCGCAGUAUCACCCCAGCGACGCUGUGGGCCUGGGGCUGGAUCAGGCCCCCCCAGAGAAAACGCAGGCGGACCUUCUGGCCUUCCUGCACUCCCAGGUGGACAAGGCGGAGGUGCACACCGGCGUCAAGCUGGCCACCGAGUAUGCCGCUGUGCCUUUCGAUAGCUUCACUCUGCAGAAGGUGUACCAGCUGGAGACGGGCCUGACCCGCCACCCCGAAGAGAAACCCGUGAGGAAAGACAAGCGGGAUGAACUGGUGGAAGCCAUUGAAUCGGCCCUGGAGACCCUGAACGGCCCUGCGGACGGCAGCCCCAGUCGGCGCCCCUACUCGGCCUCGGAUUUCAUAGAAGGGAUCUACCGCACCGAAAGGGAUAAAGGCACUCUGUAUGAGCUCACCUUCAAAGGGGAGCAGAAGCACGAAUUCAGACGACUUGUGUUGUUUCGACCAUUUGGCCCUAUCAUGAAAGUAAAACAAGAAAAGCUCAACAUGGCCAACACACUCAUCAACGUUAUCGUGCCACUGGCAAAGAGGGCGGACAAGUUCCGGCAGUUCAUGCAGAAUUUCAGGGAGAUGUGCAUCCAACAGGAUGGGAGAAUUCAUCUCACAGUUGUUUACUUUGGGAAGGAAGAAAUGAAUGAGGUCAAAGGAAUACUUGAAAACACUUCCAAAGCUGCCAACUUCAGGAACUUUACCUUCAUCCAACUGAAUGGAGAGUUUUCUCGAGGAAAGGGACUUGAUGUUGGAGCCCGCUUCUGGAAAGGAAGCAACGUCCUUCUCUUUUUCUGUGACGUUGAUAUCUACUUCACCUCCGAAUUCCUCAAUACAUGCAGGCUGAACACACAGCCAGGGAAGAAGGUAUUUUAUCCAGUCCUUUUUAGUCAGUACAAUCCUGGCAUAAUAUAUGGCCAUCAUGAUGCGGUCCCUCCCCUAGAACAGCAGCUGGUCAUAAAGAAGGAGACUGGAUUUUGGAGAGACUUUGGAUUUGGGAUGACCUGCCAGUAUCGGUCAGACUUCCUCAAUAUAGGUGGCUUUGAUUUGGACAUCAAAGGCUGGGGUGGAGAGGAUGUGCACCUUUAUCGCAAGUAUCUCCACAGCAACCUCAUAGUGGUGCGGACGCCGGUGCGGGGACUCUUCCACCUCUGGCAUGAGAAGCACUGUGUGGAUGAACUGACCCCUGAGCAGUACAAGAUGUGCAUGCAGUCCAAGGCCAUGAACGAGGCAUCCCAUGGGCAGCUGGGGAUGCUGGUCUUCAGGCAUGAGAUAGAGGCUCACCUUCGCAAACAGAAACAGAAGACAAGUAGCAAAAAAACAUGAACUCCCAGGGAUAGAUUUGGGGAGAUGGUUUAUUUUUUCCCUUUUGUGAUUACUGAAUAAGUGGCUGUGACAAGGAAAAGAUUUCCAUAAAGGGCAAAAAAAAGAAUUCAACUGAUUAGUAAAAGCGACGAGGGGGAGAGCCUCCGAUUUCUCUCUGCCUGUUUGGCUUUACGCAACAGGAAUUAAAAUCUUUGCCUGCAAAAGUAGCCCAAAUGCAUCCCAUGUAGUGUCUGACAAAGGCAGAAUGAUUGUGAGAUUAUAAGCCUAAUGGCAUGGAGGUUCUGAUUGUGUGUACAGCAAAGUGAGAGCUGUUAUCUUUUGUGCUCAUUGAAAUAUUCAUGAAUUGAGACCAGUUUUGUAAAAAGUUCUUGGGAAUGAAAGGCAGGCACAUGUCUCCCCAUAUGAACGAUUAUAUUGGUAGAGCUGUAGUGCCCAGGAAUGCUAAAAUAUCAGAAGACAGGUGAGGAGACUUCGUGAUACUCAAAGAUACACCCAUGGCAAUCCUUGUGAGUAUAUUAAACAAAACCAAAUGGACUCAAAAAGGAAAAAAAAAAAAAAAAGAAACUAUUGUAUCAUUUCCACCCAAGAUUAACCAAAAAUAAUCUGCUCAUCUUUUUUAUCAUAGUUUUAACCAUCUCCAUUUCUCAAUUUUAUUUAAAAAUGCACUUUUUUGGCUUAUGAGUUAUAUUCUGCUUAUUUAAUUACCAACUUGCAAGCCUUACUAAGAGAGCACAAGUUAGCAUACAUUUUUAUAUCUUUUAAGAAAAUACUUUUAGGUAUAUUAUGAGAACUUUUCGUUCAGAUUGAUCCCCAUAUCCAAGGACAUGCCAAAUGCUGAUCCCGUCAGACACCGAAUGUCAGAUCUUUGGUCAUAUGGAAGUCAUGGUGUGGGGCUACUGAUACAUCAAGACAUAUAGAUACUUUAUCUGAAGAAUAUUUCCCAAGGGGAGCAACUGAACACUGGAGGGAAAGAAAGAUACACUUUUUACCUUAGCAGAAAAGGAAAACUCAUUCAGACUGGUAAUAUCUUGAUUUAUUCAGAAGUCAAAAAAUACAUUUUCUCCUCAGGAGAACUGGGGAUCACUUUCUUACCUGUUUAAAUAAACCAAAGUAUACUGUGUGAACCAAACAAUCUCUUUUCAAAGCAGGGUGCUCUUCCUGGCCGCUGGCUUUCAUGAGAAGAAAUGCAGACAAAUGUAUUUUGUGAAAGAUCACUCCAUCUGCCAGAGUCAAGUGAGAUGUAAGACUUUGCUACAUGUUCACCUACCCCCACCUAGGGAAGUAACUAUUUUUUAAAUGACGCAGUUCUACUGAGUCACUAAGAUGCUUCUGAAAAUGGCAUUUUAUUACAGUUUCCAACUAUUUAAAAAAAUAAAUACAGUUAACAUUGAGUGAUUUCUACAUUCAUGUGAAAAUUAUUUAUUAGCCAGCACCAGAUGCAUGAGCUAAUUAUCUGUGAUUCCUUGCCUUCUGUUUGCCCCCAGUCAACUCAUUGUUUAAAAGCUUCAGGAACAUUCAAGCUGUUGGUGUGUAAAAAAAAAAAAAAAAAAAAAAAAAAAAAAAAAAAGAAAAGAGAGAAAGAAAAAAAGAAAAAAAUGCAUUAUAUUGAUUUGUACUGGUAGUUCAUAAAUUUUAAUCAAAAUGCAGGACAUGAAUGUAAGGUGGCAUUGGAGAGCUAAUAAAAUAUGAUUUGUGGAUAUGA